AUGCUUUCGCGGACGUUCGCCUCGAAUGCGCGUUCUACCUUAGCGCGUCCACGCAAAGUUUCGCCUUAUAUCUCGCUGACCUCGCCGCUGACGCGAUCGUCUAUCGUGGCCAUACGGAAUGUCCUGGCUGAGAAGCAGUACCAAUUCCCGGACACCUACUCAGAGCCGACUGCAGCAGUGCUUGUCCCUCUCUGCAAUGUGGACAACAAGCCUGGAGUGCUCCUCGAAGUAAGAGGGAAGAAUAUGAGAAAUCACUCAGGGGAGGUGAGCUUUCCGGGUGGGAGGGUAGACAAAACCGACGCUUCUCGUGAAGCUGCUGCCUUGCGCGAAACCGAAGAGGAAUUGGGCAUCCAUCCAGAACAAGUCGAGAUCCUGGGAGGAAUAGGACCACCCACCCUUUCUCUACGUGCACUCCGGGUGUGGCCGUACGUCGGUUUCAUUCACUCUUCAAUCAAAAGCCGUUUCCAGCCUCUCGCGGACACCGAUCCGCUCCCCUCCAUAUCUCUAUCGCACCUGAAGGCCUCCGCACCCGAAGUCGCCCAUAUAUUCCACCUCCCGUUUGCCGAAAUCGCUAACCCCGACCGCCUCCGUGUGCACGCAUUCCGACGAAACUUGGGUGAACGGCCGUAUUGGGCCAUCACCGUCUCGGAUUUUGUCCCCGAAGCUGUUAAAUGGGCGAGUGACCCGGAACAGAGGGACGAGAUCGGCGGAGGCCAAGGUGGCAGACUGGAGGUAUGGGGGUUGACAGGGUGGUACAUGACACUUUUGAUGAGAAUGUUGAAGGUGUAUGAGUAG